GAUCCGCUGAGGUUUGAUCGCCUCGGGUACUCAUCGCGAACACACCGGCCCCUCCACAACCGUCUGCGCCAGCCAUGUCUCACAGCGCCGAUCCAAGCAACGAAAUCGAUGCUCUCGGUCUGAGUCUGGACUCGGACAUCCUUGCCGACAGCCAUGGCGUCACUGAAUCGAUUGCAUUGGAAUGCAACACAGCGGGAUCUCUGGACCUGCCAGAGGCAUCGCCCUUUGACCAGUUCAAAAUCGACUCGGCCCACGAUGUGGCUCUUGGCGGCCGCUUCAAGUGCGGCAACUGUCUCCGCAGCUUCAAGCUGAUCUGCCCAAAGUGCAACGUCCCCUUGGGCCACACACCUCCACAUGUCGAUCUGCCUGUGAGCCUGGAUAUUUACCGCCAUCCUUCGGAACUGAUUGGCAAAACGACGUCGACCCACGCAAAGCUUGUCGCUGACGACCAAACCGAGAUCUAUGUCGACCGGCUCGCCAAGGGCGACCAUAAAUCCCUGGCCCAGCGCUACCCAGACCCAAAACGGGUGCUGCUCCUGUAUCCCUCAUGGGAUUCAGUCACCCUGGACCAAGUCGAGCCUGGCUCGUUCGACAAGCUUGUGGUCAUCGAUGGAACCUGGAAGCAGAGCAGAAACAUGGCCAAUGUGCUUUCGGGGUGCGGAUUCCGUCCGGUGCGAAUCGCUGCCCGCAAGACGCUCUUCUGGCGAUACCAGCCGCACGACGACUUCCAUCUAGCUACCAUCGAGGCCAUCUACUACUUUUACCGCGACUACUACUCAGCCUUUCUCGAGUCCACGGCUGGGCCGUACGAUGGCCGCUACGACAACCUCCUAUUCUAUUUCAAGGUCAACUUUGAUGUCAUCCAGAGCUACUACCGCCGCAACCCAGAGCGAAACUUCACCUCGCGCAAGCUCGGGCACGACAGGUACAUUAACUACGGCAGUGAUGAGCCCGCCGACGGCAAUGCCGGCGAGGAGCAAGAGCCGCUGUCGGAUGAACACGGCGCGGAGGCGGAGCUUGGCGACGAAGAUGGCAGUAGCUGCGGCUCGCUCGAGUUGGUGGGAGACUUGGCCAAGGACAGCCAGCUAUGAUCCACAGCAGCUCCGUGUGCUGCAUUCGGCUGGCCGAAGCCUCCCUCGUCCUCGUCCUCGUCCUCCUCCGCCUGCCCUCGCACGGCCGCGUAUGUGGAUGCAAUUGUGGUCUACGGCAACCUGCUUCUGGCCUCUGAAUACAUCUGCUUUGACCGUC